UGGAUGGCGUGGAUAAAAUAUAUACAUCAUGGUGGGACCCACAGAGCACCGUCCAGUAGCAGCGUCUUGUAUGAAUUCCGCGUUCGGCGCCCCACCCGUUAAACUCAACCCUCGCCCCAGUACUGAUACAUACUCCCCGUUAGCUACGCUGGAACCGUGCACCCGACGAUUCCGACGAAGGUGAAAUAACGAUGGAGAUGCUCGCUUUCGAGGGCCAUGGAAAAAAGAGGAGUCUUCAUGCUACUUCUCAGGAAGCUGUUUGUACAUGACCAGUAGUUCUGUAACAUUAGCUGGAUCAUAAUGGAGAAAACUGAUAGCCUGCCUUUUAAAGUUGGCCAAUUGGCUGAGUCAAAGUCCUUUAUUGUAGGUUUUCGUGGUGCAUGGUUCCGAUGCAAGAUAAAAGGUAUUAAAUUAAAGAGAGGGCGCGUUGUACAUUUCUUGGAGUUCUUUGACUUUCCAGAUGAAAAAGUAACAUCGACACAACUAUAUCAAAAGCCCCCAUCUAGUAGAGUUAACUCCCAAGAAGAGGGGAAAAUGGAGUUGAUGGUGCGCCCUUGCUUUCCUUCUUUCUAUCGUGAGAGUGAGAUGCCUGAUCUUCAUACAAUAUCUGAAGUGGUAGCGAUUACCAACAAUCAUUGGAAGGUGGGAGAUUUGGUUGAUUGGUGGUUUGAUGGAUGCUUUUGGUCUGGAAGAGUGACGCAUCUACUGGGGAAUGACAAAGUGCAGAUAGAGUUGCUGGAACCUCCCUUGGGAGAAGGAAGAUCUUACGAAGCUUUUUGCAAGGACUUGCGCCCAUCCUUAGAUUGGUCUCCUGAACAUGGCUGGACAGUCCCUGCGUCUUUGGUGGAAAGCGAAACUUCUUGUUGUGCUCGCUUGAUUCAACCCUUGAAUCAAGUUGAUAAAGAAAGAAAAGAACAUUAUUCUCUCAGAGAGAGUAAUGCACGUGGAAUUGGAACAGCAUUAAGUGAGUUUCUAGAAUCCAGUUCUUCGCAUAGGUCAGUUAGCUCGUUACCACCCCAAGCUGGAUCUUCGCAUCCGCCAGUAACAGAUGUGCUGAUCGAGACAUCUGUCUGUGGAAUAGAUCACGAGGAGACAUGCACAACCCGUAAAAGUGGGAAGUUAAAUCUGGAGGACAGCGUGAUAAGAAAAGCCAGCAGCAUAGAUGAUACUUCAAGUUCUCAUGAAAAAGUGACUAGCGCUUCGGAUGCUAUGACACAAGCCACAUCAAGGAAAGAUCGAUACAAUUCAAGCAGUUCCCCAAAGAAGAUGAGAAUUGGCGAGGAUGAACAUGUGACUUCAAUGAUGUGCACUGAUUCAAUAGAGUCAUCUGUUUUGGGUUUGGAGGAACUUGCAAUCAAGAUUAGAUGGAUCAAAGGAAUCUUAAGGUGCGGGCCUCGAUGGUCGAAUCCUUCAUGGAAGUUUCUGGAAAACUGAGCACAUUCACAUAGCAAGGAUGGCUGCGUUUUCGGAGUUGUAUGCUAACAUGGUUUUGUAAAUUUUUGGGGAAAACAAUGCAGAUGACUGCUUCGAAUAUGUAUGAUAACAGUUUUUGGAAAAACCCACAAAGAUACUUGAUUCAAAGAUGUAUGAUAACAUGAAUGGGGAUGAAGGUGGGUCCCAUGCUGAUAGAAUGCGAGCAACGCCUUGUAUUUCUUUUUGUAACUUAAACAGGUGCGUCUUUCUUUC